AUGAUUGUUGGAUUUGUUUUAUUGCCUUACGCAAAACUCUACAAGACAUUCAGUCUGCUUGUGAAGUUGCAGCCGCAUCCCAAACUGUAUAGGCUUAUUAGUGGCGACGUCACCUUUAAUCCAAACAUUAAUGUGAAGACAUUUAAUACAAUUUGUAAAGAGCCUAAGGGAGCUCAAAUAUUUGAUGUACGUGAACCAGGUGAAUUGGAGACAGAUGGCCGAUUUCCUGAAGCUGUAAACAUUCCUCUUGGCGAAGUGGAAUCAGCCUUUGCUCUUGAAGAGGCUGAGUUCAAAGCAAAGUACGGCGUACCGAAGCCGAAAGUCACUGAUGACAACAUCAUUUUUGUCUGCAGGGUUGGAAAGCGAAGUUUCACAGCCUGCAAAUGUGUUGAAAAAUAUGGAUAUAAAAAAACCCUUAAUUUGGAUGGCGGAUACGUAGCAUGGAAGGAACAAAGUGAAGAAUAA